AUGCCAGUCUUUUCAAUUGCGUACCGCUCAUCUAUUAUUAAAAAACCGGUCUCCUCUCGGGAGACCACAGACAAAACGUCUUUCCAGAUCCUCCUUUCGAGGAGUAUUGCCGAACCCAAUCCCAUUUCGAUCGCAGAGCCUCGGCCAGCCCCGCCUGCAAUGGUGGCAUCCAUUUUCGAAAACCAAUCAAGUCAAAUUAUGACCAUUGGAUACGCUACUCCCUCAGCAUCUCAUACUAUUGUAUCUGGUGCAUGCGUGGAUACCCAAGAAGAGCCGUCAGAGUCUACUGGAGGUAGGAAGUUUUCCAGGAAAUGUCAGCAGUUCAAAGCUAAAUGACCAAGGGCCAAGCGCAGUUAAUACUGAUGUUAUCGACGAUGCGAACCAAGAACACCCCGAUCACCUCCGCGUAGACCCUACUCCCACAGUAAGCGGAGCUAGGACAUCACCUAUAAUUACGACAAGGUCUAUCCAAUCUACCCCUGAUGUGGAAUCUUCCCUUUCACCAAUCGAAUGUGAAUCCGUCAAGAUUAUUGAAGCCGAGAAGCAGGGUGGCUCAGAACGAGGUAGAACGUUGGCAAGGAGCCCGCGAGUUUCCAAUCCUUUCUCUCAAGCAGAAUCAAGAAUUCGGAGAAAUGAUCUGGCCAUAGAAAUUGAUGCUCGGGAUUUGGGCAAACGAGCUCGCCGUAGCAGCACUCUUCAUGACAACCCUACAGACUUACCUGCCAUUCUUGACGACCACCUCUUGGAACCAUGCCCACACGAUCCUCUUUGCGAUACCGUCUCGGAUGUGCUCAACACACCGAUCAGUCCUGUCGAUAUUUCGCGAAGCAUUUCCCGCAUCAAUUCUGCCACAUUGGAACUUCAUCUUCGCCUUGCUUCAUUUCCUGGACCAACUCCGUCACUUGGUAUGAUAUCCAGCGAGUCUGAGGCACUAAGUAUGAUCGAGAGGCGUAGCUCAAGUGCUAUGUUCGUUGAAAUUGACAAAGGUCAAUUGGCGUUGGGCCUUCCUUCAAAGCUCCUGCAUUGUUCGCAGGAAUUCGGUACCGGGUCGAAACCAUCAUUGGCAGCCUACUUACCAACAGAGAUCCUGCAUCAGAUCUAUAAUAAUCUUAAUCCGGAAGAUUUCCAUGCUGCUCGGCAUACCUGUAGGAUUUGGUUCAUCAACAGCCUAGAAAGAUCACUUUUGGAAACAAUGUUUCGGCGUAGUGGUUACUCUAGCAGUAUCGCACAUGAUAUGGCAGAUAACUAUGUUCUCGAUUCUGAGAUCAAAGUCAAUGACGAAUGGCUCAUGAGUAAGAGACUUGCCCGAGAAUGCGCUUUGAGCCCUGCCUGGAAAGGCAACGGAUUGUCUUCAUCAAAACACAUGCCCGGUAAAUCGAGUACCGAAGCGUUCAUCGAAAUUUCUUCAAUCGACUUUACUGAAGUGGCUGUUCACCACCAAGGAACCAGUUCAGUUGGCACUAUCUUCACGGUCAGCAACUGCGGGAAAUUUCUAAUGGCUGCCAAUGGGUGUUUGGUUUAUAUAUACGAACUGAACCGGUCCUCGAAAGUAGCAGACAGCCACUACAUAUCUCAACCAGGAUCUUUACGACCAGUUACUGGAAUCAUAUGUCCCCAUAAAGUACUAGCUUGUAGCAUGGACACCUCCUCACGCCGCUACGCCAUUGCAAUACUUCUCGAAGGUCGAAUGGGAUUGGUCUGCGACAUAAGCACUUUGAACAAAUCUUUUUCGUCACCUCAGGUCCCACAAGACCAUGCAUUCAACCCGCAGCCGCCAGAACCGUCUUCGUCUCGUUCCAGAAAUUCUUCAUGGCAGGGCUUACGUGCAACGUCUUUUCUUGAUCGUGUUUCCCUGAACAGCUCAGCGUCAAAUCUUGGUCUUGGUGGUGCGCCCCCAACUGAACCCACCUUCGUCUUUCCCGGAAUAGCCACGUCUGGCUCGAGUUUUGCACCAGCAAACGACUCGGCAUGGCAAGAUGUUUUUCAUGGUGAUGUACCAAGUGCUACACAAACCGAGGGACCCAGUUCACGCCACUCUUCACUCCCGAAGACUGGAAUACUCAGAGCAGAUAGUAGACUUCAGAGCAUCUUACCACCUUACCCAUCAAAUGAUAGCGCAGAUGUAACAAUGCCAAUUGAAACAGGACCUCGAUCAUUAUACCGUAAUCUUUGCUCAGAUGAUGAUCCCCCACGGGCUGUAGCUAUCUGUCCGCAGCGGAGAUGUGUUGCCUUUGGAUGCUCAGCUGGAAUUGAGCUUCACUGGGUUGAUGCACUCACUGGACAAGACCUAAAUAGAUGGUUCCCGCUCACGGCUCCUAGCGACUAUUUAUUCUUCCUCCCUCCAAGACGAACUGUUGACUCAGCCAAAAAAUUGAGACUCAUUAGUAGUGCCGCUAGACCAAGUGAGCGGCCAGCAAUUGUUGAAAGAGCUUUUGGUCAUCGCACACGAAGCAGUCCGUUUUGGGACAGAUUGGGGAGAACGACAAGCGCCAUUGAAAGUGGUGAAAGCUCACGAAGAGUACAAGCUUUGGGAAUGCGUGGUGGCGAUAGUUCUACACGUUUUGGGAACGCUGUAGCGGAGUCCUCAGACCAUUAUCGGGCUGUUCCUCUCAGUGAUGGAUACCAUAUCCUUUUCACCGAUCCAGUAACAGGCUUUCUCUGCCUCGGAAGUGAUGCUCCUGUGGGCGGCCCCACGAAGUUGUUGAGAAAGAUGUGGUUUCAAGGUCCAGCUGAGGAUAAGGGUAGUCCGAUAGCUUAUGCCAGUGGUUCGGAUUUGCAAUGGGGUGUCCGAAUUGUUGCCGCUUUUGGUCCUGAAAAUGAACAGAGCGUCUGGCUCUUUUCCGUUCCUAGCGAUAUGUUCACAGCAGAACAGAAUCGGAGCGCUACAUUGUGGCCAUGUGAUGAAUCUUCCAAAGAUGCUCAAAAUUGGGAAUGGUUGGAUUGGUGGCCUGAACAUGGUGAGCAGGAGUGGUUGACUGAAAGUGAAGAUCCGACGCCUAGUGUUCAUCCCCGAAGCACUUGGCCUGUUAAAAUCAGAGGACAGCAAAUCGGUACAUGUAAAGGUGUCAUUGACCUAGCUAUCGACUCUGGACCUGACAUGGUAAUUUGGGCACUGAGCAAGACUGGCAUCGCGAAAGUCUGGAAACUCAAUGUUGGGAGGAAUGAAGAACCUCAAAUGAGCCUGGUUGUUCGAGAUGGUACGAUCCGGGAUAUGGAUGGUAUGGGAGACAUUAAGAUGAGUGGUCUUUUGAUACCGUCCCCUGCCAUUUCCGCCGAACCUGAAUCGGCUUUGCAACAGGAAUCAUUUGAUGGGGCUUUCUCCCCGCCCGCCCCAGAUUUUUCUCAGAGCCGAAUGGACCGUGGGGAGUUGGACGAUGACUGUGUGAGGUAUGACUUCGAAGGAGAUGUGCUGAUGGAUGAUUUGUGUCUUUUGGAUCCUGCGGAUAUCCAGGAGCUGGAAGAUCCACAGGUUAGUUUUGAAGGUAUGCGUGGUCAGGUGUGGUACGGGAGUUUCUGGGAGGCUACGAGCGGAUGGCGUGGCAAGCCCCAUUCACUUGGUCAUGCGGAUUUAGUGGAAGAGCUUACUGGAAUUGCGAGGAUUGAUUUUGAGAUUCGUUGAGCUUUUUUUGAUGGGUUGGAAUGCUGGUGCGACUGGGUGGUAGAUGGUUAGAGUGCUCUCUUUUUUUGUCUUGGUUUGCUUUGGGUAAGGUAGUUUGUCUGGCUGUGAGGAGUAUUGGUAGUAGGCAUUUCCGACAAUCC